CGCGGAGCCAAUUUUUGAAACGUUCGAGUAAAACAUCAGUGCAAAAUGGAUAUCUCAACAAAUUCCAACCUGUAGCGCUUGUAUACGUGCGGCGUAAAGUGAAUCACCUAAGUUUAACGCCAAUCGUCAGCCCAACUCAGGUGGACUCAAAAAGGAGACAGCGGAGAGCCUGGUCGUUUUAUUUGUCCUGGCUCAGCGCGUUUGCGGGCAAGCGGGUUUCACCUUGCACUGCUACAUUUUUUGUAGCAGAAUCAAGCAAUCGGUUCCCGCGGCCAGUAGAUAUAACAACAUUGGUCGUAGGAUGGCUUCAACGGUUCAGUAUGUCUUGGUGCGUUCCGACCUUCUUGAUGAUUUAAAGUGGCCCAUUGGAGCCGUCAUCGCACAGGCAUGCCACGCAUCGACAGCGGCGCUGUAUUUAUUUCGCGAUGACGAAAAUACCAGAAAGUAUACUGACAAUUUAGAUUCUAUGCAUAAGGUUGUGCUCGCUUGCCCGAGCGAAAGGGAGCUUCGUGCUAUUCAUUUGAAGUUGACUGCUGCUUCCAUCAGCCACAAACUUUGGAUGGAACAACCGGAAGAUAUUGCGACCGCAUUAGCAACAAAACCAUAUCCUAAAGCGGAAAUUGCGUCAUUUUUCAAGCAUCUAAAACUCUACAAAUAAAUCUAAUUGCACAACAAUAUCGGCUACAAGGAAGAGGAAUAUGGCGGACGAAGCAGAAGAUCAGCCUCGUAUCGUGUCACACUUACGUUAUCUGACUCUCAAAUAUCUUCACUUUCGUAAAUUACUCAGCUAGUAACGUGCACAGUUAUUAUACUUGGGUGAAAGGAUAUUUGAAUUAUACCUGCAUAAGCUGUUUCCUACGUGAAUUUUUUAUUACUGAUAUCGAUGUUAAUAUUGAACGUAAUCCAUACAAUGCGUUAAUAGAUGCACGAUACACUACGUAAAAAUUAAUUUUGCUAGCUGCAUUUUGCAUUUUCGAUUGGAUACUCUUAAUUCAAGAGAUUAUUUAUUAGCUUAAUUACAUUACAUAGUUUCCAUGGAAACCGUUUGCAGCAAAGAGCUAGAACAUUUUAGCCCUAGUUAGUAGAUAAGCUUUUCCGCAUCUCUAGUCAAAUGCGAGACCAUUCAUAGUAGCGUCUACUACGAACUCCUUCUAUUAUGUGGCCCACAUGUACUCACUACAAUUUACCUAUCUUCAAGAUAAUAUCAACUGAAGACACCCACGUCGUUGGGCUACAUAGCCCCAUAAAAAGGGGUUAUAUGUAUUAGAAAUGGGGCUAUAUGGCUAAUGGUUCCAUGCGAAGAAAUGAGCCACUCUGCAGAGGUAAAAAGAAAAUGAUUUUUUUCGCGGGAAGAGCUAUCAAUGUGGCAGAAAACAUAAUGCUUUAUAAUCAUUUACUGGCAACUUAGACAGGUCAAAGGGUCAUCGACCAUAGCUUCAGGUGAAAAUGCCGCGCAGCGUGAAGCCGGCUCAAGUAUUGACACAACGACGAAUUGCGCUCCCUUCAAGAGAUGACGAAGAAUAGUAACAAUAUGCGCUCCGCUCUCCAAAGCUACUGCACGGAAACCUCUAUAAAUAUAAUGCUCACGUAUAACUCUGGUAUAAAUAACUAUGCGUGGUAAGUUCUGACCAAUGACUAUGAGUAUUUGCGAUGUGGUGCAUGUGACGGCAAUUGUUUGACUGAACGAUGCGUUAUGUCAAUAAAGUCGCCAAAAUAUCCUACAAAAACAGCUA